GCAGCAGCAUUGAAGAGAUCGGAGUCCAUAGCUGACAGCAUGCCCGAGGCCUUGAGGCAGAGCCGCUACCACAUGAAGAGGUGCUUCGCAAAGUAUAUCGAGAAAGGGAAGCGGCUGAUGAAGCUCCACCACCUCAUGGCCGAGAUGGAGCAAGUCGUCGAUGAUGAAUCCGAAAGAAGCCAGCUCAUGGAUGGACUGCUCGGUUACAUCUUGUGCACAACUCAAGAAGCAGCGGUAGUUCCUCCGUGUGUUGCCUUUGCCAUUAGGCCGUCUCCAGGGUUCUGGGAGUAUGUUAAAGUCAGUGCGAAUGAUCUGUCUGUGGAGGGCAUCACGCCCACGGACUACUUGAAAUACAAAGAGAUGACAGUUGAUGAGGCUUGGGCGAAUGAUGACAACGCGUUGGAGAUAGAUUUUGGAGCAACGGAUGUCACUCUGCCUCACCUCACUCUGCCUUCCUCUGUUGGUAAUGGUGUGAGCUACAUUUCCAAGUUUCUGACCUCAAAGCUGGAUGGCAGCCCUUGGAAGGCACAGUCGCUCGUUGAUUACUUGCUCACUCUCGACCACCAUGGAGAAAAACUCAUGAUAAAUGAGAACCUCAACACGGUUUCUAAGCUUCAAGGCGCGUUGAUAAUAGCUGAAGCAGCGCUGUCUGCUCUGCCUAAGGACACGCCUUAUCAGAGCUUUGGGAUGAGGUUCAAAGAGUGGGGAUUCGAGAAAGGAUGGGGCGAUAAUGCUGGAAGAGUCGAGGAGACAAUGCACUCGCUCUCGGAAAUACUUCAGGCUCCUGAUCCACUGCAUAUGGAGAAAUUCUUUGGAAGGCUUCCUAUAAUAUUCAACGUCGUGCUCUUUUCUGUUCACGGAUACUUUGGGCAGGCUGACGUUCUUGGCUUGCCCGACACCGGUGGCCAGGUGGUUUAUGUGUUGGAUCAAGUGGUUGCAAUGGAGGAAGAAUUGCUUCUAAGAAUUAAGCAGCAAGGCCUAAAUGUGAAACCUCAGAUUCUUGUGGUCACGCGACUCAUCCCUGAUGCCAAGGGGACUAAAUGCAACGUGGAGUUGGAGCCGGUCAUGAACACAAAGCACUCCCACAUCCUUAGGGUCCCAUUCAACACAGAAGCCGGAGUUCUUGAGCAAUGGGUUUCUCGAUUCGAUAUAUAUCCUUACCUCGAGAAGUUUACUCAGGACGCCACGAGCAAAAUAAUGGAAGUCAUGGAUGGAAAACCAGACCUAAUCAUCGGAAACUACACUGAUGGAAACCUGGUGGCAUCACUCAUGGCUAGUAAACUAGACACAACCUUGGGAACAAUCGCGCAUGCUUUGGAGAAGACAAAGUACGAAGAUUCGGACAUGAAAUGGAAGGAGUUGGAUGCCAAGUAUCACUUCUCAUGCCAAUUUUCAGCUGAUUUAAUUGCAAUGAACACAGCAGAUUUCAUUAUUGCAAGCACAUAUCAGGAGAUUGCUGGAAGCAAAGAUAGGCCAGGACAGUACGAAAGCCACACCGCAUUCACAAUGCCAGGGCUGUGUAGAGUUGUGUCAGGUAUCAAUGUAUUUGAUCCUAAGUUCAACAUUGCUUCUCCUGGAGCCGAUCAGACCGUGUACUUCCCUCACACUGAGAAACAGAAGCGAUUCACCAUGUUUCGUGCAGCCAUUGAUGAACUUCUGUUUAGCAAAGUAGACAAUGCUGAGCACAUUGGAUAUUUGGAAGACAAGAAGAAGCCUAUCAUAUUCUCCAUGGCUAGGCUUGACAUAGUGAAGAACAUCACUGGACUAACGGAGUGGUAUGGCAACAACAAGCGCCUUAGGAGCUUAGUGAAUCUAGUUAUUGUUGGUGGCUUCUUUGAUCCUUCCAAAUCCAAAGACAGAGAAGAGGCGGCCGAGAUAAGGAAGAUGCACGUGUUGAUAGAGAAGCACCAGCUCAAAGGGCAGAUAAGGUGGAUAGCUGCUCAAACCGACAGAAAGAGGAACGGUGAGCUGUACCGUGCCAUUGCUGAUACAAAGGGGGCUUUCGUGCAGCCAGCUCUGUAUGAGGCAUUCGGGCUGACAGUGAUCGAGGCCAUGAACUGUGGCUUACCAACUUUUGCAACCAACCAAGGCGGCCCUGCUGAGAUAAUAGUCGAUGGAGUCUCUGGUUUUCACAUUGAUCCCAACAAUGGUGGUGAGUCUAGCAACAAGAUUGCUGACUUCUUCCAAAAGUGCAAGGAAGAACCGGAGUUUUGGAACAGGAUUUCGCUUCAAGGGCUGCAACGUAUAAAUGAAUGCUAUACAUGGAGGAUUUAUGCCAAUAAAGUGUUGAAUAUGGGGUGCGUCUAUAGCUUCUGGAGACAGCUCUACAAGGCCGAGAAACAAGCGAAAAGGAGAUAUAUUCAGACAUUUUACAAUCUUCAAUUCAAGAGCUUGGCCAAGAAUGUGCCAACUAAAAAGGAUGAACCUCCACAGCAGCAGAAACCGAAGCCACAGCCCUCACUAAGGAGGUCUCAGUCCACACUGCAGAAGUUAUUUGGAGCUUAAACUAGCAAAGCAGAAUGAAGAUCAACAGCAUGAAGAGAAGAUGAUGACAUUUUUAAUUAACAUGUUCUACAAUUUCUCCAAACAAAGAUUGCAAACCAUGUGUAAACCAAUAAAGAAAGGAAUGCGAAUAAGAAAGUAUUGAUCA